AUGGACAUGGACGAAGACACGGAUCCCACCGAGCCUCCAACCGGGACCCCUAACCACCCCAUCGAGAUCUCUGAUGGGUCAUCUUUCCAUGGAUCACCUUACUGUGGUCCAGACAGUUACAAGGCGAGAGUCGCCCAGUAUGAUUGGCAGCAGCACCAGCAGCAGGAUCCCUAUGAGGAUUCUCGAUUUGUCGCGGUCACUCCACCGCCACCACCACCAAUUCAGCAGCCGCCUCCAGAGUCACUGAGGCGACGAAGAUCAAACACACGGAUGUCCGUGCGAGGAGGAGUGCGUAUCAGCACCCCCCAACCUUCAAGUGGCAGCCACUACCCGCCACUCCAUGAAGACCUGCAGAUGGGUGGGCCUUCAAACCCCGUCUCGGAGGUAGACUCAGCGCCUGUCGCGCCACCUUUGGGUUUUGGUAACCCAAUUCCUACAUAUGCCGGCUCAGCGGCGUAUAAUCCCUUUGAGCAGCCGGCCCAUACCAACUACAUUUAUGCAGAGGUUGAUCCAUACCAAGCAGCAUGGGACUACAAUGCUCUCCACCCUGAGGGGCCUUAUGGAGCUCCUUGGGGAGUUGGAUACCCAGCUUAUGGGUACCAACAACCGCCACCUCCUCAACCUCCACAUCAGCAGCCGCCGCAGCCACAAUUGAUACCACCAGAACGACAACAAGAGAUUCUCGAAAGGUUGAGCCAGGUUGAGCGGGAAGUCCAAGAAGAACGCAGGAACACCCGUGGAUUCUUCAAAGGUUUGGCAGGCCUAAUCAAGGGGAAGACCAAGAGAAGGGAUUUUUGA